AGCGUGUGCGGGUGAAGGGACAAAAAGGCAAACAAAAAGACAGGGCCAGAGCGUGUGCUGUGCGUGCGUGUGGGAGUUACUGGGCCGAAGCCGAAGCCUAAUCCAAAACCGAAAGGGGAGGAGUGGAGGAGCCAAUCCAAAUGGCGGUGCGACUGUCACAACUGACGCCAUCUUCAUUUUCAACGCAACCAUCUUCACUCAGAUCGCCUCCAAUGGCUUCGUCUCUCGGCGGCGGCGCCGCCUCCUCCUCUUCCCGCCUCUUCUCUUCCUCCUCCAGAGCUCGACUCUCUCUCUUCUCCUCUCCUUCCUCCUCUUCUCUUUCCUUCCUCUCUCUCUCCUCUUCUGCCUCUCUCAAAUCCCCCGCUUUCUCUCCCCUCCGUUCUCAUUUGUCUCGCAACCAGGGGAGGUCUGCUUUUAAGCUAUCAAGCGGAAGGUUCAGCACGGUGGCAUCUCCAAAAUGUGCAGCUUCAAAUCCUGAUCAGUUGAAGAGCGCCAGAGAGGACAUCAAGGAGCUUCUCAAAACCAAGUUUUGUCAUCCUAUUCUGAUUCGUCUAGGAUGGCAUGAUGCUGGUACUUACAACAAGAAUAUUGAGGAAUGGCCACAAAGGGGUGGAGCUAAUGGAAGCCUUAGAUUUGAAGUUGAGCUGAAACAUGGAGCUAAUGCUGGUCUUGUGAAUGCAUUAAACCUUAUUCAGUCAAUUAAGGACAAGUACUCUGGUGUGACAUAUGCUGACUUAUUCCAGUUAGCCAGUGCUACUGCUAUUGAGGAGGCCGGGGGACCUAAGAUUCCUAUGAAGUAUGGAAGGGUAGAUGUCACAGGACCUGAGCAGUGUCCAGAAGAGGGCAGGCUUCCUGAUGCUGGUCCACUAUCACCUGCUGAUCAUCUUAGAGAAGUUUUCUACAGAAUGGGGUUGAAUGACAAGGAAAUAGUUGCUUUAUCUGGUGCACACACACUGGGAAGGUCAAGACCAGAACGGAGUGGUUGGGGAAAACCAGAGACAAAGUAUACGAAAGAUGGACCAGGAGCACCAGGAGGACAGUCCUGGACUGUGCAAUGGUUGAAGUUUGAUAAUUCUUACUUCAAGGAUAUCAAAGAAAAAAGAGAUCAAGAUCUGCUUGUGUUGCCAACUGAUGCUGUUCUUUUUGAAGAUCCUUCCUUCAAGGUAUAUGCUGAGAAAUAUGCUGAAGAUCAAGAAGCAUUCUUCAAGGAUUAUGCUGAAGCCCAUGCCAAACUCAGCAACCUUGGGGCCAAGUUUGAUCCUCCAGAGGGUAUUGUAAUAGAUAAUGGUCCUGCACAAGCUGCACCAGAGAAGUUUGUAGCAGCCAACUACUCUUCUGGAAAGGAUUAAAAAACCAAGUGUCUUGUUUUGUUGUGCCGUGUCUUUUAAAUAACACAUGUUCAAAUGUGUGAACUCGCAUCUUAAACCUGGAAGUCUAAAUGAUGGGGAAAAGAAUAAAAUUCAAUGAGUGUUGCCUAUUUGAAUUGCAGAGUGAGCUGUCAGAUGCCAUGAAGCAGAAGCUUAGAGCAGAGUAUGAAGCAGUUGGGGGAAGCCCAGACACGCCUCUUCGCUCUAACUAUUUUCUAAACAUCAUGAUUGUAAUCGCUGUUUUGGCCCUUUUGUCAUCUCUAAUUAGUAAUUGAAGUCUGAGUUUUGAGAUUCUAUUAUUAUUAAAAUAGCACCAUUUUCCCCUUUUCCCCGUUUGUUUUUGAUUGGCGUACUGCGUUUGGAUCUGGCAGCAUGAUCAUCCUCGCAUUGCCGCAUAACAAAUUAUGACAGCAUCU